CGCCGGAGCCGGAGGUGGAGCCGAGCCCGCGGCGCCGCGCAGGAGGAGCGGCCGGCGGCGAGAGCGGCAGGAGCUGGCCGGCAGCACCUCGCAAUUCCCUGCCAUUUCAAGGAGAGAAGCCAAGGUAUUUUUUUACCCAGUGGAAGAAUGAUGUAGUUUCAGCCUAAUCUUCUUUUCUUACACUUCUAGGUCCGCUCUGGUCUGCAUGCCCAGAGGGCUAUGAUGGGAACGUGUGUGACCACUCGGAUGGUUCCCCUGACUCACUGCCUCUGCCCGGAAGCUCAUCUUUCAGAAGUCAGGAAACUGCUUCCCAUGGUGGUGGACCCCCAGGGACAAAACGCUGUGUAGAUGGAAAUGGACGGAAGCAGCUCAGGAUCUAGUCCAGGGAUGCCCUUGGUGGAACCUGGUGUCCUGGGGUGAUCUCUGCAGGUGGUGGACGCAUGGCUGAUUCCUGAGCAAGGAUGCUUCGCCGGGGACUCCUCGCCUGGGUCUCCCGGGUGGGCGUCCUGCUCGUGCUCCUCUGUUGCGCUGUCUCCGUCCUCUACAUGCUGGCCUGCACCCCGAGAGGUGACAGUGAGCGGCGGGGGCUGCCCGGGGCCAGCGGCCCCACCGGACGGGCCGGGUACCAGGCGGCACUGCAGGAGUGGGAGGAGCAGCACCGGGGCUACGUGGGCAGCCUGCAGAGGCAGAUCGCACAGCUCAAGGAGGAGCUGCAGGAGCGGAGCGCGCAGCUCAGGACUGCACAGCACUUGGCGGGCGACCCCGCGGUCCCCGAGAGGGCCCAGGCCGACCUGCUGGCUUUCCUGCGCUCCCAGGUGGACAGGGCAGAGGUGCAUGCCGGCGUCAAGCAGGCCACCGAGUACGCCGCGGUGCCCUUCGACAGCUUCACCCUGCAGAAGGUGUACCAGCUGGAGACGGGCCUGACCCGACACCCCGAGGAGAAGCCGGUGCGGAAGGACAAGCGGGACGAGCUGGUGGAGGCCAUCCAGUCGGCCGUGGAGGCCCUAAACAGCCCGGCCGAGAGCAGCCCCGACCAGCGUCCUUACACGGCCUCGGACUUCAUCGAAGGGAUCUACCGCACAGAAAGGGAUAAAGGCACUUUGUACGAGCUCACGUUCAGAGGGGACCACAAGCACCAGUUCAGACGCCUCGUCUUGUUCCGACCGUUUGGCCCCAUCAUGAAAGUGAAGAAAGAGGAGCUGAACAUGGCCAGCACGCUGGUCAACAUUAUCGUGCCCCUGGCCAGGAGGGUGGACAAGUUCCGGCAGUUCAUGCAGAAUUUCAGGGAGAUGUGCAUCCAGCAGGAUGGGAGAGUUCAUCUCACUGUUGUUUACUUUGGAAAAGAAGAAAUGAAUGAGGUCAAAGGAAUACUCGAAAACACCUCCAGAGCCGCCAACUUCAGGAACUUCACCUUCAUCCCGCUGAACGGAGAGUUCUCCCGAGGGAGGGGCCUGGACGUGGGCGCCCGUGCGUGGAGGGGGGGCAACGUGCUGCUCUUCUUCUGCGACGUGGACAUCUACUUCACCUCUGGCUUCCUCAACACCUGCAGGCUGAACACGCAGCCAGGCAAGAAGGUAUUUUAUCCGGUCCUUUUCAGUCAGUACAAUCCUGGCAUAAUUUACGGCCAUCAUGAUGCAGUCCCUCCCUUAGAGCAGCAGCUGGUCAUAAAGAAGGAGACAGGGUUUUGGAGAGACUUCGGGUUUGGGAUGACAUGCCAGUACCGCUCUGACUUCAUCAACAUCGGUGGGUUCGACCUGGACAUCAAAGGCUGGGGUGGCGAGGACGUGCACCUUUACCGCAAGUACCUGCACAGCAACCUGGUGGUGGUGCGGACACCGGUGCGCGGCCUCUUCCACCUGUGGCAUGAGAAGCGCUGCGUGGAUGAGCUGACGCCGGAGCAGUACAAGAUGUGCAUGCAGUCCAAGGCCAUGAACGAGGCGUCCCACGGGCAGCUGGGGAUGCUGGUCUUCAGGCACGAGAUCGAGGCCCACCUCCGCAAACAGAAGCAGAAGACAAGUAGCAAGAAAACAUGAACUGCCACGGAUGGGUCUGUUUUGUUUUUUUCCCUUUGGUGAUGAGCGAAUGAGUGGCUGAGCAAGAUUUCCCUCAGGGCGAGAAGAGAAUUGGACUGAUUAGGAAAACGGACGGAGGCUGAGAGCCUCCUGGUUUCUCUCUGCCUCUUUAGCUUAUGCAACAGGAUCGACGCCCCCCAUCACCACCCCUGGGCCGGCAGAAACAGCCCCAGCGCACCCCGGGUGGGGUCUGACAAAGGCGGCCUGAUUGUGAGAGUGUGAGUCACGGCGUGGAGGUCUAGAUGGUGUUUACAGCAGAGCGAGACCUGUUGUUCCCUGUGCUCACUGAAAUAUUCAUGAAGGAAGCCCAGUUUUGUAAAAAGUUCAUUGGAAUGGAAGGCAAGCACAUGUCUUCCCAUCGGCGUGACUGUCAGCGGGGCUCUCGGGUCUGGGAUGCGGAAAUGGUAGGAGGCGGGUGGGGAGGGCGUGUGAAGCAGAGACACGCUCAUCGUGAGCCUGGUGAGUAUAUGAAGCAAAACCAAAUGGACUGAGAACAAAAAACCCCUGCAGCUGUUGUAUCAUCUGGCCACAAGAAUAACCACCAAUAACCCGCUCAUCUUUCUGGUUGUCGUUUUAACCAUUUCUGUUUAUUAAUUUUAUUUAAGAAGGCACUUUUUUUGGCUUAUGAAUUAUAUUCUGCUUAUUUAAUUACCCCUUGGCAAGCCUAAGAGAGCGCAAGGUAGCUACAUUGUUAUAUGUUUUAAGAGGAUGCUUUUAUUUUUUUUUAAUUUUUAAUCUUUUUUUUAUUUUUUAGGGCUGCACCCCAUGGCAUAUGGAGGUUCCCAGCCUCGGGGUCUAAUCAGAGCUACAGCUGCCAGCCUACGCCAGAGCCACAGCAACGCGGGAUCUGAGCCACGUCUGUGACCUACACCACAGCUCACAGCAAUGCUGGAUCCUUAACCCAGUAAGCGCGGCCAGAGAUCAAACCUGCAUCCUCAUGGAUACUAGUCAGGUUUGUUACCACUGAGCCAUAGCAGGAACUCUUAAGAGGAUGCUUUUAGAUGCAUUAUGAGAACUUUGAGUUCAGAGCAUCAGCUUGACACGCACAUCCAAGGAUGUGCCAGAUGCUGACCCUGAGGGCACUGGACAAUAGACGUCCUCCUGUUUGAGGCAUGGCCUCGGGCUGCUGACCGAACGAGACCCAGAGAUCCUUUAUCUGAGGUGUGUUUCUGAAGAGGAGCAACUCAACACUGGAGGAAAGGAAAAAAUAGACUUUUUACCUUAACAGAAAAGGAAACUCACUCAGACUGGUGAUAAAAGUCAGAAAACACAUUUUCUCCCCAGGAGAACUGGGGACCACUUUCUUACCUGUUUAAAUAAACCAAAGCAGACUGUGCGAACCAAACCGUCUCUUUUCUAAGCAGGGUGCUCUUCCUGGUUUCUGGCUUCCAUGAGAAACAACGCAGAAACACGCCUUUUGGGAAAGAUCACGCCAUCUGCCAGCAUCCAGCGGGAUGGAAGAUUUUGCUACGUGUUCACCCUUCCCAGAGGAGGGGGAAGUGACUUUAUUUUUUGAAAUGAAGCAGUUCUACUGGGUCACCAAGAUGCUUCUGAAAAUUGCAUUUUGUUACAGUUUCCAACUAUUUAAAAAAAAUAAACGCACUUAACAUUGAGUGGUUUCUAUGUUCAUGUGAAAAUUAUUUAUUUAUUAGCCAGCGCCAGACGCAUGAGCUAAUUCUCUCUCUGGUUCCUUGAUUUCUGUUUGCCCACAGUCAACUCAUUGUUUAAAAGCCUCAAGAACAUUCAAGCUGUUGGUAUGUAAAAAAAAAAGAAAAAAAUGCAUUGUAUUGAUUUGUA